AUUAUAAAUUCCCAUGUGAUAUUCUGUUAAUGUAGUUGCGAUAAGCAGAAUCUGGCAGAACCCAAAAUGGCCACUUCUUCACAACCAAGCUUGUUGAGCUACCAUAUUUGCUGCUCUUCUAACUCUAAUUCUUACUCAAACCCCAUCACUCAUUUUUCAUCAUCAAUUUCUCUCUCUACUUUUCAUGGAUUCUGCACAAAUCGACUGCCCAGAAAUCAUUCCCUUAUUCUAACUAAAACUCAUGCCAAAUUUGACAAAUUUGAGGGUAGUGAGGACAGCCCACUACAACUGCAACAGCAACAACAACAAGAACAAUUUGUUUCUCAAGAAGUGAAACAAGAUGAUGAUGAUUGCUUGCCUUCUGACUUGGAGGGUGCAGUUCGACAAUCAAGUCUAGCUACUGCUUCGUUCGUGGAUGCUGGAGGAACAAGAGCCAUUGUUGAGCUUUUAAUACCUCAGUUGCAAUUUUUGGAUGAUGAAGGUGCGCAAGCUGAACUAUGGGAACUAUCAAGGAUUUUCUUAGACACGCUUAUGGAGGAAACAGGAUGUCAGAAAGUCAAAGCGAUAUUUCCAGACACCGGGGCUGCUGCACUUCUGAAGUAUCAGUGGAAAGAUGCUUCUUUUGGAUUCUCUAGCUUAAGUGAUAGGAAGCCUGUAGAGGAUGAAGAUGAGAUUGUUGUAAUGGUGGUUCCUGACUAUCAGAUGCUGGAAUAUGUUCAGAAAAUUGCUACUCUUCUCUCAGAUGACCCGCCAAGGCCUCUCAUCAUGUGGAAUCCACGUCUUAUCAGUGAAGAUGUUGGAGUUGGGCUCAAUGUUCGGAAGUUAAGACGCUCCUUCAUGAGCACUUUUUCCGUGGUUUAUUCAAUGAGACCUUUUCAAGCUGGUGCAGUGUUCAGGUGUUAUCCUGGAUUAUGGAAGGUGUUUUAUGAUAAUAAGGACAGGCCAGGCAGGUAUCUGCUUGCAAAAGAACUAAUAAGUCGUCCUGAUUCCGGAGAACUAGAGUUUAUUUUCGGAGAUGUACAAGAGAAGGCAGAAGAAGGAGGGCCAUCCUUCUUUGCUAGAGCAGCAGGCAUAUUCUCCUCCUUAAAUAGAUUCAUGAGAGUAAUAUCAAAAUAACUAUCAUGUAAAAGGCGCAGGAAGUCCACUGCAUCCGCACAUUUCUAUACCCCUGUGUAAUCAAAUUGACAGCUGAUACCGGACCUGAGAAAAGUUUGCUAAUUCCGCUGGAUCAGCACAUUCCUUUCAAUACCUCUAUGUAAUCAAAUUGACAGCUGAUACCGUACACGACAAAAGCUUGUUAUAUGACCUUGAUUGAAUCUUUAGCAUAAAAUAUUCAGUGUACAUUGAACAAGAUUCAAAAUAUGGCAUGUAUACAGACAUUCCAAAUUCCACUGGAUCA